CAAGGGUAUUGCGUAAACUAUUAGCGGCCCCACGACAAACUAAACCCCGAGAUGCUCCCCGCAUUCUCGACCGGGUGUCGCAUCGAGAUCCGUAGACACCAACCAUUAGCGUGUUGCCAGUGAAGGUUGUCAGAGCGCAUAAAUAGGGAGGCACGCAGGAUCCAAGGCGACAUCAUGUAGACUUUGAUCCAAGACGUACUCCGAAAAUGGCUGAAUCACGGGAUGCCUCUGGGCAAAAGAAAAAUAUUCUGUUCCUCAUUGCAGAUGACCUCGGAAAAUAUCUCAAUUGCUAUGGCGCCAAGAAUAUCAAGACUCCAAACAUCAACUUGUUGGCAUCACAAGGCACUCAGUUUGAUAUGGCCUUCACCAGUACGGCAUCAUGCAGCGCCAGUCGAUCAGUCAUGUAUACUGGCCUACACACUCACCAAAACGGGCAAUACGGUCUAGCCUGUGAGAGGCACCACUUCGCCACAUUUGAUUACAUCGAGACUGUCCCUGCUGUGUUUAACUCUCUCGGUUACCAGACAGGAAUCAUUGGAAAAGUGCACGUUGGGCCGGCCUCGUCCUAUCCGUGGGAGAUCCGCGAAGAAAGUGGGACCAGAAAUGUUGGCUGGGUUGCAGACCGAGCAGAGUCCUUCUUUGAAAAAGCAAAAGAGACCGAUCGACCAUUCCACCUGACUGUGGGAUACAUCGAUCCCCACCGUGACUUAACUCGGUCUGGAUUUGGAAACGAAGACUUUGGCGACGCUAGGGUGAAGGUCACUACGGUUCAACCUGAGGACGUGGAAAUCCCUUCAUUUUUGAAUGACCUACCAGAGGUUCGCACUGAGCUUGUCGAAUAUUAUCAGUCCAUUCAACGUCUAGAUGCUGGCGUGGGCUUGAUCCUUGAUGCUUUGGAGAGGCAAGGUCUGUCAGAUAGCACACUAGUUUGCUUUGUUAGCGACAACGGCGCGCCAUUUAUCAAUUCGAAGACGACACUGUACGAUGCUGGCAUCCGCCUUCCAGUCAUAGUUCGAGCCCCCCAAUUGAAGGGCGGCGUUGUGAGCCCAAACAUGAUCUCAUACAUCGAUUUCUUCCCAACACUCCUGGACUGGGCUGGCGCAAAGGGCCAUGUGCUGUCUGAGAAUAGUAGAUCACCAGCAAGACUUGGAACAUCCUUCCUCCAAAUUCUUGAUGCCAAAGAGCUCUUGCCUGAAGAGAAGUGGCAGCAUCACGUAUUCGGGUCGCAUACCUUUCAUGAGGUACAGAACUACUGGCCUACUCGCUACCUUCGCUCAAGGCGAUAUAAGUACCAUCGGAAUCUUGCUUGGCGACUCGACUUUCCGUUUGCCAGCGAUAUGUACGGAAGUUUGAGCUGGGACGGCAUCCGCAACACUCCGCCGCCAGUGAUGCUCGGUCCUCGCUCCUUAAAAAACUACAUAUGGCGCCCUCAGGAGGAGUUGUACGAUAUGGAGAAGGAUCCGCAAGAAGUGAAUAACUUGGCACUAAACGAAGAGUACGAGAAUGUGAUCAAAGAGUACCGUACGAAAUUAGAGGCCUGGCAAUUAAAGACAAACGAUGCUUGGCUCUAUCGAGAUGGUGUUUCCGUGGCAAUGAACCAACAUCACAUAGAUGCCGGUCUCAAGAUCCCAGACAGGUUUGAGAUUGAUGUUGAUAACCCGGGGAAUCGAGAUGUUGCCUGCUGGUCACCCGAAAAUGUAGGACAGCGGUCAGCUUAAUCACAAGGUUGAGUCCAGACACACUUAAAAUGUAUGCAUUACUGGGGGCGAUGGACAGAUAUAGAACCAAUACAAUUUAUA